GUGGGGGAACUUUACUCUCACUAUUCAGACAGUACAGGUAUACCAUAAUAUCUCUUGUGUAUAUUCAUUCGAUUCAAACGCGUUUAGUUACUAUAAUCAAGAAGCCUUUAACUUUUUUUUUUGUUUUUUUUUUUUGUUUUUAAAUAAAAAAUUCCAUUUAAUAUUUAUUAAAACAGUGCAUUUAAAAAUUAAAAAUGACCAUGGAUAAUAUAAUGGAUAAAAUGCAUCGUUCAAAAAUGAAGGAAUUUGAUUGGAGAAUUCAUGUCGCAUGUGAUGAAGAUAUCAUGCCAAGCGCUGCACAAAUUCCUGGAAGUUUAGGAUCUUUUGGUAUUGGAUUAAUAGUCAUUUCUACAUUGUUAACAAUAGUUACACUAUAUCUAUCAAUUGAUGCUAUUUAUAAAAUAUUUUUCCAAAAUCAGACGAGGUCAUAUAAAAAAAAUAGUGCUAUUAUACUUUCUGUAUAUCCAAUUGCAAGUAUUUGCAGUUUACUUGCAAUAGCUAUUCCCAGGGCUCAGGUGCUGUCAGAGGCUUUGACUCAAAUCACCUUAACGAUCGCGUUAUACAGUCUGUAUCUCGUUCUAAUCGACGUUGGUCGACGAAAGAUCACGAAGGCACCACCAUUAAUGCUAAAUGUCUUGCCAUGUUGCUGCUGGCCCUGUCUGCCCUUUCCAAUUCUUCAGAUGACCGAAACUAAUUUGUCCUGGCUUCGAAUUUUUGUCCUGCAACUUCCUAUCGUUCAGACUUUGGUCUACGUAAUUACUCUUUUCAUGGCAAUGGAGGAAGCAAUUCUUGUGACAAGAUAUAGUGCUUUUUUGCAAACAUUUGCCGUAAUUAGUAUACUUCUGGGAAUAUAUGGACUGACCAUUACCACUAGGAGUCUGGAGGAAGUAGCCCCAGGAACCAACCUGAGACGUAAGACUGUGGUAACUCAGAUGGUUUUGCUGUUUUCCAAGCUGCAGGGAUUUAUCAUCAAAAGCGUAGCAAAUUGGACGUCACUCUUUCCUUGUAACCCACCUCUUUCACCAAACGCCUACGCCAGUGUUACUUAUAACGCACUGAUGGUAAUCGAAAUGUUGAUGCUUUGCUACGCGGCUCGACUGAUAUACAUCGAGGACGAGGAGAAAGAUGAUGAUGCCUCUACGACAGAUCGUACCAAAGAUAAUAAUCCAGGACUGGUGGGUGUGACGAACAACAACGACCAACUUCCUGUACAACUAGCUGCUUCCACUGCUUAAGGCCCUUAUCCCUAUAUUUAUAUACGAAAAGGGAAUAUAUUCAAUUUUUUUUUUUAUCGUUAUCGAAUGGAAAUGAUGAUGGAAUUCAUCAAUUCAUAAAGAAACCCAAGUCGAGGACACAUACAUGACAUAGGGAAGCGAGAGAGACGUUUUGCGUGGGUAUAUAUUGUAUACCUGAAUAAAUUCUCCUUCAUCUGAUGAAAACCUUUCUUUUCGUCAACAAUUAUCUUCGACCCUGCUGAAUUCAUUAAAAUAUAGUACUCGUGGAGAGAACAAAAUUAGAUAUGGUUUUUUUUUUUGUCAAAGGGUCACGCCUCACUGAAAUAUUGUUUAAAUUUUAGACAAUAAUCCUUUAUUUAAACAUUUGUUAUCAUUUUUUUUUUUUUGUUAAAAUAAUGUUUUUUUAAUUUUGUAAAUUAAGGAGGGUGGCGGGUCAACAUAAUCUCAAAAAACCGUCAAAGUUAAAAAAUUGUUUUUAACGCAAACAAAAAUAUAAUAAAUAUUAAUUUCAACCAAUUUUAGAAGAUCUAGAUUUACUCCUUUCGAAAAAAGUUAUUUUUUUCCAAAAUAUUUUUUCAAUAAUUAUUUUUUUAACAUUUAGUUUUUUUUUCUUUUAAAUCAGACAAAAAUUGCAAUUUUUAACCAAUUUUAAUAAACAAAAGCUCAUUUUACUAAGUGAAACAUUCUCU